AUGGAGACUGUCAAGAACGCCGCCAACUACGUCGCCGAGUCCAUCCAGGGCACCGGUGCCGAGGCCUCCAAGGAGGCCAACAAGAACGUUGCUAAGAGCGACGAUGCCAAGAUCAGCACCCGUGCCAGCGCUGCCAAGGACGCUCUCGUCGACAAGAAGGACGAGGUGUCCCACAACACCAAGGCCGAUGUCCACAAGGAGGCUGCUAAGAACUAA